AUGUGCCCCGCCCCCACUGGAAAUGUUGGGGCGAGUUUGAGCUGCCUCGCUGUUCCAGCAGUGGUCAGCUCGGCUGUGGGAAUGCUCGCUGUUCGGGACGCAUAGCUGUUCAACACGCCCCGGAGUAGCUUUGCGCUGGGAUACACGGAUACCACGCAUAGUGGAGAAUCGUCUCCGUACAGAAGUCAAAAGGGAAAGAGUGGAGCUACGUGAGAAUGGCGGUCGAAGAGGAAGGGCUCCGGGUUUUCCAGAGCGUCAAAAUAAAAAUAGGUGAAGCAAAGAACAUCCCUCCGUAUCCGGGCCCCAACAGGAUGAGAGACUGCUACUGCACUGUCAACCUGGACCAGGAGGAGGUCUUCAGGACCAAGAUCAUCGAGAAGUCUCUCUGUCCGUUCUAUGGAGAGGAUUUUUAUUGUGAGAUCCCACGCAGUUUCCGACAUCUCUCCUUCUACAUCUUCGACAGGGAUGUCUUCAGGAGGGACUCCAGCAUUGGUAAGGUUGCGGUGAAGAAAGAGGACCUGCAGAAGUAUCACGGUAAAGACACCUGGUUCCAGAUUCAACCUGUCAGCGCAGACUCCGAAGUACAGGGAAAGGUCCAUCUGGAACUCCGCCUAAGCGAGGUCAUUACAGACAGUGGAGCUGUUUGCCACAAGCUAGCCACAAGAGUGUUGGAGUGCCAAGGCCUCCCCAUCGUUAACGGACAGUGUGACCCCUACGCUGCCGUGUCCCUCCUGGGGCCCUCCAGGUCAGAAGCCAAGAAAACCAAGGUGAAGAGAAAAACCAACAACCCUCAGUUUGAAGAAGUGUUCUAUUUUGAGGUGACUAGGCCUCUCAGCUACACCAAACGACAGUUUGAUGUGGAGGAGGAAGAUGUAGACAAGUUGGCCCUGAGGGUGGACUUGUGGAACGCCAGUAACCUGAAGUUUGGUGAUGAGUUCCUGGGAGGAGUUCGGGUUCCGUUGAGAGUCCUCGGCCAGGCGGGCACUCACGACGCGUGGUACUACCUGCAGCCGAGGGAGAACGGGGGCAAGUCGGUGAAGGUGGAGGAGCUGGGCUCGCUGCGGCUCAACAUCGUUUACACGGAGGACCACGUCUUCCCCACUGAGCAUUACAGCCCCCUGAGGGACCUGCUGCUGCACUCCGCCAACGUGGAGCCCGUGUCGGCGUCUGCAGCCCAUAUCCUCGGGGAGGUGUGUCGUGAGAAGCAGGAAGCGGCUAUCCCUCUGGUCCGCCUCUUCCUCCACUACGGCAACAUCGUGCCUUUCCUCAGCGCCAUCGCCCACGCCGAGGUCAACCGCACGCAGGACCCUAACACCAUAUUCCGGGGAAACUCACUGACCUCCAAGUGCAUUGAUGAGACUAUGAAGCUGGCUGGAAUGCACUACCUGCAGGUCACUCUCAAACCUAUCAUCGAUGAGAUCUGCACUGAUCACAAACCCUGUGAGAUUGACCCAGUCAAGCUCAAAGAGUCAGAGAACCUGGACACCAAUAGGGAGAACCUGCGUCAGUAUGUGGACCGAAUCUUCAACGUCAUCACCGCAUCCGGCGUUCGCUGUCCCACUGUCAUGUGUGACAUCUUUUUUUCUCUCCGGGAAUCUGCAGCCACCCGUUUCCAAGUGGACCAGGACGUCAGGUACACGGCUGUCAGCAGUUUCAUCUUCUUGCGGUUCUUUGCCCCGGCCAUCCUGUCCCCCAACCUCUUCCAGCUCAGGCCACAUCACCCGGACCCCUUCACCUCUCGGACCCUCACUCUCAUCUCCAAGACCAUCCAGACCCUGGGGAGUCUGGCCAAGUCCAAAUCAGCCAAUUUCAAAGAGUCUUACAUGGCCGCAUUCUACGACUACUUCAACGAGCAGAAGUAUGCGGAUGCUGUGAAGAACUUUCUGGACCUGAUCUCGUCGUCAGGACGAUGGGACCAGAAGAGCAUAGAGACCCCCAUCAUGCUGAAAGAGGGAUUCAUGAUCAAAAGAGCCCAGGGCAGGAACCGCUUUGGCAUUAAGAACUUCAAGAAGAGGUGGUUUCGCCUUACCAAUCACGAGUUUACCUACCACAAAACCAAAGGUAACGCCAAAGGUGAGGGCGCUCUCUGCAGCAUUCCCAUUGAGAACAUCCUGGCUGUCGAGAGGCUAGAAGAAGAAUCCUUCAAGAUGAAAAAUAUGUUCCAGGUCAUUCAGCCAGAGAGGGCUCUCUACAUCCAGGCCAACAACUGCGUGGAGGCCCGUGAUUGGAUCGACAUCCUGACCAAGGUCAGCCAGUGUAACCAGAAGCGCCUGAGCACCUACCACCCCUCCGCCUACCUCAACGGCCACUGGCUCUGCUGCAAGCUGUCCGCAGACACCGCCCCCGGGUGCACCCCCUGCACCGGAGGUCUUCCUGCCAACAUACAGCUGGAUGUAGAUGGAGACAGAGAGACUGAGAGGAUCUACUCGCUGUUUGGCACCUACAUGUCCAAACUGGUCAAGAUGCAAGAGGCGUGCGGCAGCAAGUCUGUGUACGAUGGCCCUGAGCAGGAGGAGUACUCCAGCUUCGUCAUCGACGACCCCCAGGAGACCUACAAGACCCUGAAGCUCAUCGUGUCGGCGGUGCAGACCCUGGAGCAGCAGCACACCAAGUACAAACGAGACAAGUUCAAGAAGACAAAGAUCGGCAGCCAGGAGCACCCAAUCGGUGACAAGAGUUUCCAGUGCUACAUCCGCCAGCAGUCUGAAAACUCUACCUACUCCAUCUAGCCCUGCUUUGGGGUCUCCACCAUGUCCAAGAACCUUACCAGCAACAAUUUAUUCUGGUUCCUUGUACACGGCUUCCCAUGGUGCAUCUCUCGAAGCAUGCACACAUACCUCAAAUUAUUGAGAGUGGAUGAGAAAGAGAUGAAGAUUGAGAGAGAGUGCAAGAGAGAGAGAGAGAGUGCAGAGAGAGAGAGAGAGAGAGAGAAAGAGAGGGUUGUGCUAAGUGUUCUCAUCUCCCCUGGUAUGCUGCCAGAACGAAGCUUUUUAUUGGACGCUGAGACAGUGACCACGCACUUUAAUCGGCCCUGGAACCCAGGACGCCGAAGCAAGUUCACAGCACAUUUUUAACAAGCUACAUUUUAAACCAUCAUUGUUUUUAUGUUUGAAGACCAAGGUUUUAAGUGGUAUGUUAUCAAUGUUAAAUAUUCCUCUGUAUUUCAAGUUACACGGACCAAACAACUUGUUUGAAAGCCCGUAAGUCACUUAAGGCUGUCAUCCGGCCAGUUCCGCUUGUGCUUGAGUUUCAUUAUGGAGUCUCAGUGGCUCUUCCCUUGUGGACGAUGACCCUGAUGAUUGACCAGCUCUGGGGCUGACCCAGAAGAUCUCCAGCUGCCAACUCCAGUCCAGUUCCUAGCCUUCAUUUCCUACUUUGUUACGAUCAUCAUCAGCAUGUUUUAACAUCUGUUUUUUUUUGUUUUUAAUGCGAAGCCUGGUUCUAUAUAGUGUUGUGAACUACAUAUCCCCAGUUCUCCAGCGAGAACACCCACCCCAUGUGUUUUUCAAACCCAGUUUGUAUGCAUUUCCCUCCCAAUCCAAUGAUUCCUGUUGUGAAUCUUAAUAUUGGUCAUAACCCAGUCACAAAGGUACAGACAUUAUUUUUCACCCACUGCAUUGUGGAAAGAAAAGUGUAUUGAAAUUCUCACUGGUGCUCAAGCCAAUACUGUGCAGUUUUUCUGUGACCAAGCUAUAUGCUGGUGGACUUUGUAACCAUUCAUUAGAAGGAAACCAUGAAUGGUGACUUGUCUAUGCCCAGAUUAUCAGACCUCUCCAAGCUUUUAUCAGCUAUGGAGCUCAAUGGAUCCAAUCUAAACAGGGUAACUAACUGUGUUUAACUGUGCCAGUUAAAUCAUUUUCUACAGCACUCUGAUAAUCCCUGAACCAAUGUAUUUGUGAUGAUUAGAUCUCAAAACAUAUUUUCUUCUGACAAACAAAUCAGUAAAAAUGCCACUUAUGGAAAUUUGUCCUUUUCUAUCUUUUUUGGGAUGUACAUUGUAAAGUAAUAUCGACCCCAAGUGUGUUUUUUCUAUAUUGUCUUGCUGUACAGAAUACUCUACACUUUCCAGAAACAAGUUUAAGGAAAGUCCUGUGUCUUUAAUGUGUGAGCGUGUGUACGUGUUGUUUUGGGGUUAGUGAACCACUCUCAGUGAGAAAGUGUGUUUUGGAGGUUGGCUUGCCAAUUGAACUAGUACAGUACUGUCAGUGUUCCAGCUGUCAACAAAAUAAACACUGGCUAUUGGACUAGAGGACCUAUCAGUGAAUUCUGGGUAGUGCACACUGCCUAAUCAAGAACACUUUUUUUUUCUGAUCAUGAUAUUUGUGUUCCCUCUCCUUGUAUAGAAUAUGUGUUUAUUUGAAGGAAUCCCUGCCAAACUGUUCUUCAAACACUUAAAUGUACAGUACAGUGUCAUUGCUGAGACAUAGCACGUGUUGAUUAUGAUACCCCACUCACUGUUACAAGGGUGUGUUAAGGCCCCUCCCAACUCUCCAAGGUUGUAAAUGACAUAGUGCAUGUUUAACUGUGCAGAGUUGGAAAUAGUUUUCAUUAACAAAUCAGUUCUUCUGUUACCUAUCCCAAAGUAGUUACUUGUAUUUAUUUUUGUUAUGCUCAAUAUUUUAUGUAAUUUGUCAAUUGAUUAAUGAUGACAGCAAAACAGCAUUGCCCACAAAUGCACAAAUAUGUGAUUUAUGCAAUAUGACAACAUGCAAUAAAACAAGCCACAUUGGUCAGAGAAUUGAAGAUGCACCAAGCCAUUCAUCAGGAAGUAGCCUAACCACAUCCACCCAUUACAGAAAGUAGCCUAACCACAUCCACCCAUACAGGAAAUCCCAUUUUGAGAGAAAAAACAAACAAACAAAACUUGUCUUAUAAAGGGAGAACAGUGUAUUUUGUAUAUUGAGUAUUAAAAAUGCCUGAUAUUAUGUACAGAUAUGUUGAAUGAAUGGUGAAAAUGUUGAAAUGUGUUUUCCUCCUGAGUAACUAAAUGAAGGCAAUAUUAAUUGA